AUGGAGAACGACAUUGCCAUCGUAGGCAUUGGUCUGCGAUUCCCUGGCGAUGCCUCUUCCCCAGAAGAACUAUGGAAAGUUCUGGAGCGUGGGGAGUCUCAGUGGUCUGAGUUCCCCAAGGACCGUCUCAACAUCGACGGGUACUAUCAUCCCAGCAGUGAUCGACAGGGUAGUAUUUCUUUCCGUGGAGCUCAUUUCAUCAAGGGCAAUUUUGCUUCUUUUGAUGCUUCCUUCUUCUCGAUUUCGGCGGAAGAUGCCAAAGCUAUCGAUCCACAACAACGAAUUCUCCUUGAAGCUUCAUAUGAGGCACUUGAAAAUGCGGGAAUCCGCAAAGAAGAUAUCGAUGGCAGCGAUGCGGCUGUGUAUGUCGGUUCUUUUGUCAAAGACUACGAGCAAGUCUGCCUCCGAGAUCCGGAUUGGCAGCCUCAGUACGCUGCUACUGGAAACGGCAUUGCCAUUAUGGCAAAUCGAAUCUCGCACUUCUUCAACCUUCACGGCCCCAGCAUGACUAUUGAUACAGGCUGCAGUGGCAGUCUUGUGUCAGUUCACCUUGCCUCACAGAGCCUUCGGGCAAAAGAGACGUCACUUGCGAUUGCCGCUGGGGCUGGUAUGAUUCUUACGCCCAAUACUAUGAUGCCUAUGACAGCUCUAAAUUUCCUAAGCCCUGAUGGUAAAUGCUUCACUUUCGACUCUCGAGCCAAUGGUUAUGGUAGAGGCGAGGGUAUCGGUGUUGUUGUCAUGAAGCGUUUAUCAGAUGCCAUUCGCGAUAACGAUACAAUUCGUGCAGUUAUUCGAGCAACAAAAGUCAACCAGGACGGUCAUACGACAGGCAUUACCCUUCCCAGCAAGGAGGCCCAAGUCGCCAACAUUAACUCUGUUUACGAGUCUGCCGGCCUUGACUUCAGUCAAACAGGUUAUGUUGAGUGCCACGGCACGGGAACUAAAGCUGGAGAUUGGCGCGAACUAAAAGCUAUUUCAGAGUCACUUUGCACUGUUCGCGACAUCGAUAAUCCCAUUGUCGUCGGCUCGAUCAAGCCCAACAUUGGCCAUCUCGAAGGCGCCGCCGGUGUAGCAGGCCUCAUCAAGGGCGUUCUGACUCUAGAACAUGCCAAAAUCCCACCCAAUAUCAAUUUCGAGAAGCCCAAUCCUGACAUUGACUUCAAAGAGUGGAAGGUCAAGGUACCAACCGAACUACUCGACUGGCCUGUCUGUGGCUUACGCCGUGUCAGUGUCAACUGCUUCGGUUUCGGAGGCACAAACGCCCAUGUUAUCAUGGACGAGGCGCCUCGUUAUCUGUCAGCGCGUGGACUUAGGGGGAACCACAACUCUUUUGAGGCGAUCACCUCUUCCCGCAGAACAUCCAAUACCAAGGCAUCGUUCGAGCCUCAGCUUUUUGUCUUCUCGUCCCACGACAAAUUGGGUGUGCGGCGCAUUAUGGAAUCACACAUCCCUUACUUGGAGUCACGGGGGGAAGACGACACAGCCUUUUUGCACAAUUAUGCCUACACACUUGGCUCUCGCCGAUCCAACCUUGAAUGGAAGCAUGCCGUGGUCGCGAAGUCUCGAGAGGACCUGAUCGUCAAACUUCAGAACAUUGACGAAUCCUUAGUCAAAAGAACAUCAAAGAACAAGCAGCCCAAUAUAUGCUUUCUUUCUUGUGGCCAGGGCGCUCAAUUUGCGCAAAUGGGUAAAGAUCUUCUCCCCUUCGAAGCGUUCCACGAUGCAUUGGAAGCCGGUUCUCGAUACAUGAAGAACAAACUCGCCAGUGAAUUCGACCUCCUCGAGGAAAUUCUCAAAGACGAGGCCGAGACUCGAAUAUCUGACUCAAGAAUCUCGCAACCCGCGACUACAGCUAUUCAGAUGGCUCUCGUUGACCUCUUGGAUUCAUUUCAUGUCGCUCCUAAUUAUGUCAUUGGGCACUCCUCUGGGGAAAUCGCAGCAGCGUACGCAUCGGGUGCUCUCACCAAGGAAGAAGCUUGGGAGGUUGCUUAUUAUCGCGGACUCGUUGCUUCGUCCCUUGCCAUUGAACACACUCGCACACAGGGCUCCAUGAUGGUGGUUGGCCUUUCCGUUCUUGAUCUUGACGAAAGUUAUGAUGACAAGACGUACCCUUGCGAAGUUGCUUGUGUGAAUGGUCCUCGGUCCCUGACAUUAUCUGGCAGGAAGGAAAAUAUCGAGGGUGCCUUCAGGGAACUUUCUGCGAAAGGUAUCUUCUGUCGCAUUCUUCCCGUCAAGGUUGCCUAUCAUUCCUCGGACAUGCUUAAGAUUGAGAAAGAGUACAAGUCUGCUUUGAGAUUGAUUAAUCCGCGUCAGCACCGGAAAUCGGUUACAAUGUUCUCUUCCGUCACUGGAGAGGAAAUUGACGGGCACGAGCUUAACAACAAGUACUGGACUUUGAACUUGGUGUCCCCUGUCGUGUUCAUGUCAGCUAUAAGCACUAUGCUGCAGCUUCCGUCCGACAAGUCCCCAGAUAUCAUUGUUGAGCUAAGCCCUAGUUCAACUCUGCGCUCGCCAGUUCUCGAUAUAAUAACAUUCUUUGGCUUUCCGACUCCGCCCAGAUAUAGCACUAUCCUUGACCGAAAGGUCCAUGGCGCAAUGUCGCUCCUAGGUACUAUGGCCGAGCUCUGGGAAUGUGGAUGUAAAUUCAGCUUGGAAAAGGUUGUCACUCGAGGGUCCUAUCAGAUACCCCUUAAACCUCUAGCUGAUCUUCCACCUUACCCGUGGAAUCACACUAGAUCUUAUUGGCACGAGUCUCAUCUUGGUGAAGCAACACGAUUCAGAGAGUUUCCUCGUCAAGAUCUGAUCGGUGCUCCCACAGGUGAUGCUAUCUCCUUCCAACCUCGUUGGCGGGGUUUUCUCCGCAUUGCCGAGAACCCCUGGAUCCAAGACCAUCAGAUACAAAAGACGAUCAUCUACCCUGCUGCUGGUAUGAUCGCCAUGGCCCUCCAAGGCGCCUACCAGGCCACCAAGGGCCAAGAGAACGUCCUUGGAUAUGAAAUCAUCAACAUGCGUAUCGAAAGAGCUAUGAUCGUACCAACCACAGCACAUGGACUGGAAAUGGCCAUGAACUUCAAGAGUGUAUCUUGCACGUCUGUUCACAGUUUGCAAGGUGCUGCUUUUGACUUUUGCAUCUAUUCGAAGCAAUUGAACUCUUCUUGGGAACAGAACGCUACUGGCCGUAUCGAGGUGCGAUAUAUGCGUGGGCAAUGGAAGAUUGCCUUUCAGAAACAUCGCGAAGAGUACGAGUUGCUCAAAGGGUCCUGCCUGGAACCAGUUGUACCUCGACAACUCUAUGAGCUUCUUGACAUUAAUAUCAUCCACAUACGCAAGAGCAAGGGCGCGUGCGUCACCAAGAUACGCAUUCCUGACACGCGCUCCAAGAUGCCUGCAAAGUUCGAGUAUGAUCAUCUAAUUCAUCCUGCAACUCUAGAUUCCAUGUUUCAAACACCCUUCGCUAUCGAGAGUGAACCUAUGGUCCCAUCUUUCAUUGAGAGCAUUUUUGUUUCGGCAAAGGUUUCCAGUGACAUCAACAAGGAAUUUGAUGGUUACUCUACCGCCACUCGAGUUGGUGUUCGCGACGCAAGCGCAGAUAUCUCCAUGGCCCAGUCUGGCUGGGAACAACCAUCAGUUAUAAUCCGUGGUCUCCGUUUCACUGGCAUCUCUGGAUCAUCCCGAGAAGGGGACGGGUUUCUUCCAAAUAAUCGCACUCUAUGCACUCAGGUCUCGUGGAUGGAAGACAUCACUUGCUCAAGGACAGAAAAUGUCGAGGAUUUUGUCAAAAGGCUCGCACAUAAGCUGCCAGGACUUUCUAUUCUCCAAGUUGGCGGUACAUCUGACACCACACAGAAGAUUGUCAGUGCUUUGACCAGCCCCGAGGGCCAAAGACCUUGGCUUUCUCGUUACACUUUAGCUGAGGCUAGCCCUGACGACAGAAUUUUUGAUAUUGCGUCCGUUUUUGCAGGAACUGCUGCCGAGCCUUUCAUCGAGAAAAGACCUGUAGAUGGUUCAGAGCCUCUCCCUGACUACGACCUGAUUCUUGUUUGUUCUCGAAGUGAAAUCGACAUCGCCAAGCUCAGUUCUCACUUGAAACGCCCCGGCUAUAUCAUGGAAAACUGCCCGGAUGGAAACCCCGACCUCGAUGAGACCAUCUCGCAUGAUUACAACGAAGUUGAUGGUAAGAAAGUGGAGAUCAAACUUCGGGUGAAUCGCAAGAACCUAGCUGAAGAUUGGCUAUCUGUCCCCGAUGUUGCCAUCCUGCUGCCCGACAAUCCUCCUUCAGAGACGCAAUGGCUUGCGGGAAAGCUCAUCAUGGAGCGCCAAUCUAGCGUGCAAAUGCGCGCCAUGCAACUCAACGAAGUCUUGAGCGAUCCUUCAAGACUGAAGAACAAGAUCGUCAUCUCUCUUCUCGACUUCUCAGCAGGAUCCAAUGCAGGUGCAUCCAUCUACAACUGGACUGAGACAGAGUUCAACGCUUUCCAUAGUGUUCAUCAGGUGGUGAAGGGAAUUCUCUGGAUCUCCCGCAGUGCCCACAUGGACCCGAUGAAUCCGAAAGGAGCUCCCGUCAUCGCUCUUGCGCGCACACUCAUGUCAGAAGAGCCCCUGAAAACAUUUGUGACAUUUGACUUGAGUAUGAGCACACCUCUGAAUUCCUCAUCGGUUGUUCAAAAUGUCAACAAGAUCUUCCUUCAAGCAUUCGUAUCAGACCAAGGCUCUGGUCCACGUGAACUGGAGUAUGCUGAGAGAAACGGCGUGAUUUGCGUCCCCCGCCUCGUCCCUAUUGGGCCGCUGAAUGAUGUUGUUGAGAAUGGCAUUUCUAGCGAGAUCACCAAGGUAUCAUUCCACAGCUACCCACGUCAUCUGAAGCUUCAUGUCUCGCAACCCGGCCUCACAGAUGAUAGCUUGGUAUUUACUGCUGGAACUAGAUAUGCUCCUCAGCCUGGGGAAGUUGAAGUUAUAUUCGAAAGCGCACCUCUCGACUUCAUCGACUUGGAGACUGCCAUGGGCAAAACCUUGGAAUCUGAGGUUGGGUCUGAAAUACGUGGCCGCAUCGGCCGAAUUGGCCGCAACGUUUCUGGAUUCAUGACGGGUGAUCUUGUGAGCGGUCUUGUGACUAGUGGCUCCGUUCAAAGUAAUGUCAACAUAGACAGUCGCUUUGUGUCAAAGUGGUCAUCUCGUCUUUCCUUUAGUCAUUUCGUUAGAGCUUUUCAUUGUUUUGAUAAGGUUGGAAGACUUGGUCCAGGAAAGUCAGUUCUUAUUCAUGCUGGAGCAAGCGGAGUCGGGAUGGCUGCUAUUAUAGUAGCCUUUGCACUCUCUGCCGAGGUGUUUGUGACCGUUAUGGGACCAAAUUCGGACAAACAACGAGCAUUUCUAGAAGAGUCCGGCGUAAAGAAGGCAAACAUUGUCCACGCCGACUCGGAUCUCUUUACUACAGUUGUCUGUAAUCGUUCGGGACACGGGGUUGAUCUCGUCUACAACGCUACACAGAGACAUAUCGAAGACAAUUUCAAGUGCGUUCGCCGAGGAGGUAUUGUCGUACAAUUUUCCUGCAGAUUGCCAAGUCCUCCACCUGUUCACGUUUUGUCUUCUGAUGUUUCGCUCGUCAACUUUGACUUGCAAAAUAUGUUGAAGUAUGAUGCAGACUACGUGGCGGAGCUGGUUAAUGAGCUCAGUAGACUGGUUGAGAGUAGCUCUGAUGAUUUGGGGAAUGACCUACCACUUCCUGAGCCAAUCAUCAACAUCGACAUCAACAGGAUCAAGGAAGCGUUUGGACUCAUCGAGAAGAAUCCCUUUUUUGGGCUCGUUUCUAUCACCGGAGGCCCUGAUGCCACGCCUCAGGUUGAUAUGGCUAUCAAGAAGACUAUCAAGCCGUUGCAUCAAGCCUUGUCGGGUACUGAUACCUACCUCCUUGCAGGCGGUUUGGGCGGCCUUGGUCGUAGUAUCUGCGAAUUAUUGAUCAAAAAUGGUGCUCGGCACAUUGCCUUUCUAUCACGGACCGGUACCUCUUCCGAAGCAUCUCAGCGCUUUUUUAAAGACCUCUGCGAUAAAGGUAUUGACGCUCGGGUAUACAAGGCUGAUCUCUGCGAUGCCGAAGCUCUCACAAAGGUAAUCAAGGAAGAGAUAUGUCAAGAAAUGCCACCGAUUAAGGGGGUCUUUCAGUGUGCCGCGACUAUCAAAGAUUCAAUUUUCUCAAACAUGACAUACUCUGACUGGACCGAGGCAAUCAGACCAAAAACUGUCGGUUCAGAUAAUCUAGUUCGAGCGAUAUCGGCAAACUCAGAGGACCCCUUCUUCAUCUUCCUUGCCAGCUCUGCGGGAGUUAUUGGUAGCCGUGGCCAAGCCAACUACGCUGCAGGUAACUGUUUUGAAGAUGCCCUCGCCCUCAACCUCCGCCUCGAGGGAAAGCACGCCGCGUCCAUCGAUCUCGGGCCUGUUCUCGGUGCAGGAAUGCUUGCAGAUGAUGAGGAGAUUCUUGAUAUUCUUCGAGCCAGUGGGUUCUAUGGUAUCCGUCACGAAGAUUUUCUUACCAUGAUCACGCACGCGAUCACUGCUGAGAUUUCACCCGGAACUCCCAUGCCUGGUCGCGUUAUUAUGGGCAUUGGCUCUGGUGGUCUUGUUAGACAGAAUCAACCAGCUGACCCAUACUGGUCUCGUACUGCUCUCUAUAGCUACCUCAACCUGGUUGACACCUCAAACCCCGACUUGAAAGUGGUUGAUGCUUCAAAUGACUUUGAUUUGAAGUCCCUUCUUUCAUGCUGCUCCAGCACAGAUGUAGCUGCGGAGAUAGUCACCACUGGUCUUUCUAUCAUGCUUGCCAAGGCGAUGAACAUGCUUCCUGAGGAAAUUGACACUGGGAAGCCUCCCAAUGUCUACGGCGUUGACUCACUGGUUGCCGUUGGUGUCCGAAACUGGGUCGUCACCAACUGCGGUGUCGAGGUCUCGGUCUUUGAAGUCUUGAGUGAAAGAACAGUGGCCGAGCUAGCCAGAGAGAUUGCUAGACGAGGUGGGUUCGGAGACGAGGAUAAAUGAGCAAUGUUGUAGGAUUGGUAACAGAGGCAGUGGGGAUUUUGAGUUUAUAUAUGCUGAAGAAAGCUCUAGAUUUCCUUUGCGUGAUUUGAGAAUGGGAAGCAACAGACGGGGAACUGGUUUUUGAGGGCUUAGACAUAAUAUGCAGUGAGUCCUUUACAGUUUGUAUUAUAGUUGCAUAACACACAAAGUUCUGGGCAAUUCUUUGUUUAAUUAGUCGUGGCCUUAUGCUGUUAUCGUUGUAGGGCUAGAAGGUCAGAAGGCGAAGACUGCAAUUAUAAGCAACAGUUUGGGUGACUUUAAGAUACAUUUAGGUAACCUUAUCCGAC